GCAUCGCCAUGAGCUACCAACAAACGAUGACUUAAAGAUUGCAAGACUAGUUUAGCAUAGAAUCAUUGCAUAAUAUUAGUAUAUCUGAAAUUGUCUAACAAUAAUUUAUGUCAAUUUUAAGUGAAUCGUGUGUGAGACUGAUUUUGCAUCACACAAACUUGAUAGGUAACUUGGGUAGAACAUGUGGAGGUUGAUGAUAGAACUCAAACUCAUCGCCUUUACAGAGAUCUCAUAUGCGGAAGAUCUGCUUAUGGAGCAGAACGAUGGAUUGCUAGUCUCCGGAGGAUUUGUGAGAGGUUAGCUUUCUACAAGGAGGAAACUGCAGCUGCUCGAGAAUUUGGAGGAGUGAUCACUUCACCUGAGGGUAGAAAGAGCAUAGUAAACCUAGCCCACAGGAUGGUGAAGAUCUUUUUUGCAAGUUUGGGCAUGUCAGGAAAACUGGAUUUCCCUCAACUCUCUGAAGUGCACAAUAGUGGGGUUCGGGUGGCUAUUCGUAAGAACACAGAACAAGGGCAGCCGAUUGGCAUGGUUGUUAGUGCUGCUACUUCUCUCUGGCUUCCACUCUCACCUCAGAAUGUGUUUAACUUCUUCAAAGAUGAGAAAUCACGAAUUCAGUGGGAUAUUCUGUCCAAUAGCAAUCCUGUGCAUGUGAUUUCACACAUUUCCAAUGGGACUAAUCCAGGGAACUGCAUAUCCAUUACUCACCCUUUCAUUCCUACUGAGAACAACAUGCUGAUACUUCAAGAGAGCUGCACGGACUCUUCAGGAUCAAUGGUGGUAUAUGCUCCACUUGACAUUCCAGCCAUGAACAUGGUGAUAGGCGGUGCAGACUCAUCGAUCAUUCCCAUACUUCCAUCAGGUUUUGUAAUAUCUGGCGAUGGCCGUCCAGACACAGGAGGGGACAGUUCUACUUCCACAAGUUCUACUGGGGCAGACUCAGGAGGUUCACUUCUUACAGUAGCCUUCCAAAUUCUGGUCGCUGGCCCUAAUGUCACAUCCUCCACAGAACUCAACAUGGAAUCUGUGGCAACAGUCAAUACCCUUAUCAGCACCACGGUUCUCAAAAUUAAGGCUGCUUUGAAUUGCUCUAAUUUGGGUUAAGCAUUGGUGAUGCUGUUGGAAACUGAAACACAAAAAAAUAAUCAGCUGGUACUUCUGCUCAACUUUUGGCUGCCAGUCUAGUUGUUUUAAAACACUUUCAUCUCCAGGAUGAUGGUCUUGCAUUGCAAGAGAAAGACAUUGAGUUUUUUUUUUCUUUGAUGGAUGAUGGGGAUAUUUUAUUUAUUUAUUUUCUUUCUUUCUUAUAUAUCCUCUCUUUAAUUAAUUAUUUGUGUUUAUUUAUUUAUUUAUUUGAAAAUAUUUCACGCUA